AACACUUAUAAGCUAUCAUAUGCCAGCGAGCAAAAGAAUGGUGCUUCUUUUUAUAAGUAAUUAAGUUAAUCACUUUCUUUAGCUGCCGAAUUACUACAAAACCAUUGGUAGUAAAUUUUAAGACAGAGUCUAUUUCAAUAAACAGUAUUCGCGCAACCAUUCCAGACUAAAGACUUACAAUUAAAGGUUACGGAAUAAACAAGAAAGAGGAAGAAAAAAACGUAAGAGAGAAAAAGUGAAAUAGCGAAAUAUAAUAACAUAGAGCAUGGUUGCAUUUAUUAACAAUAAUGGUGGUUCGCAAAUUUUGGAAGACAAAAGUAUCUUUCCGGAUUUUAAAAAUGGGCCUUUACAGCAUUACCGCGACAAGUCUUCGUUUUGUUACAAACGCAUGAACAUCUUGUUGGAGGGUGAAGAUCAUAUACGUUUAAAGCAUAGUAUUUGGCAGUUUAUGGAAAAUCAUGCUGAUUUUCAGCAUGAAAUCGAGACACCCACGUUAGAUCGUAUGCGUCAGAUCGCAAGCAAGCGAUCAAAAGUUUUGCAUUCAGCUGAACUCUAUGGUUUUAAGGAGUACGUGACUAAGCCGCAUUUAAGCGUCGCGUUCUCUCAAGCUAUCUGCAGCUACGACGUUAACUUUUCCAUCAAAUAUAUUCUAUCUAACGGCAUGGUUCCUUCGGUAAUCAUGUCUUUGGGAACGGAACGUUUACAUGAUUAUGUCGUUAGAGGGGUUCAAGGCGAAAUUAGAUUUGCUUUUGCCUUGACCGAAAUAUCACAUGGCACCAAUGCAAGAGGUAUGCGUACUCAGGCCACAUACGACAAAGAAAGUAGAGAGUUCAUUUUGCAUACUCCUGACUUUGAAGCAGCUAAAUGCUGGGUGGGCAAUUUGGGCAAAACUUGCACUCAUGCUGUUGUAUAUGCUCAACUUUAUAUACCUGACAAUUGUAAUCGUGGAUUGCAUGCUUUUCUAGUGCCAAUACGAAAUGAGAAGACUUUAAAUGCUUAUCCAGGAGUUACUGUAGGCGAUUUAGGUGAAAAGAUUGGAUUAAAUGGUGUCGAUAAUGGAUUUGUCAUGUUUAAUCACUAUCGAAUACCGAAAGAAAACUUAUUGUCUCGUAAUGAUGAUGUAGACGAAAACGGGAAUUAUCACAGUCGCAUUAAGGAUAAUCGGAAACGAUUAGGGGCCUCUUUAGGAGCUUUGUCAGGCGGUCGAGUAAACAUAUGCUCACUAGCCUAUAUAAGCCUAAGUAAGGCGGUGAGUAUUGCCAUAAGAUAUUCAGCUAGCCGUAAACAAUUCGGUCCAGACGACAGUGUGGAAGAGUAUCCAGUACUUGAAUACCAGACUCAGCAAUUUCGUCUGUUUCCUCAUCUGGCCGCAAGUUACGCGUUGCGUAUCUUCAGCAUGUGGUUGUGCUAUCAUAACGUCGAUAUGACUACAAAGGCAAUGAAUGGAGAAGAUACUUCUUUAGUUGGAAUGGAAAUACAUGUCAUGUCUUCAGCUUGCAAGCCGAUUUGCAGUUGGAUUUCUCGCGAUGGUAUACAAGAGUGUCGAGAAGCUUGUGGUGGUCACGGCUAUUUAAAAUGCGGUCGCCUAGGCGAUUUGCGCAAUGAAAAUGAUGCAAAUUGCACGUAUGAAGGUGAAAAUAAUACUCUAAUACAACAAGCUUCCAAUUGGUUGAUUAAUUUGCGAAGACAAAAUAUAAAUUUUGAGGAAAAUUCUCCUUUAACGUCGGUAAGCUUUCUCAAGGAUAUGGAUUGGCUAUUAUUAGAGAAAGCUAAGGUGCGAACACCUGACGAAGCUAUGAAACCAGAAAAUCUAUUGCAAGCGCUAAACUGGUUGUGUGCCUAUCAGUUGGAAAAAGCUGUCAGGCGUAGCGUGCACCUUACGGAACUAGGCUUAAAGUCUUUUGAGUCUCGCAAUGAAAUGCAAGUCUUCAAUGCACAAACAUUGGCUAUCGUUUAUGGAGAACGAACGCUGUACUAUGCCUUCUUCAAUUUUGUUCACGAAUUGCCAGAAUGCGCGGAGAAACAUGUUUUACAGAAAUUGCUUUCUCUGUUUGGCUGCAAUUUGAUAGUAAAACAUGCUGGUCUUUUCUACAUGGGCGGCUAUUUUGAGACGCAAAAACUCGAUUUAUAUCAUCAAGCAAUUCUUCUUCUCCUACACGAGAUAAAACCAGAAGCUGUUUCGCUCGUGGAUGCUAUAGCUCCUCCUGAUUUCGUUUUAAAUUCCUCCCUGGGCAUGAGCGAUGGCAAUGUUUAUCAACAUUUGCAGAAUUUCAUUAUGUCAGCACCGGGAGUAUUUGAACGGCCAGAUUGGUGGCGUGAAGUUAUCUACAAUAGCAGCGAAACAAAAUCUAAACUAUGAACAAAAAAUGAACUAAGCGUAAAUGUUUAAGUAAACUUUUGUAUUUAUAAAACACUUCUAGGUAUUGGCUUCUGAGUUAUGGUUGAAUUUUUUAUCGAAGUGCCUCAUUUGUUUUUCUUGUAUUAAAAAUGUUGGAAUAAAAUAAU